CGAGUGUUGAGAUCAGUGUGAAAGUCUGAAGUAACUUAUAACAUAUUGCAUCUUAUUGUACAGUAUUGUAUUAUUUAUUAGAUAAAAAUGAUUUCAAGAAGAAGUAGAAUUAAAGGAAUCGCGAAUAUUCCACAAAGACGUAAACAAGCUAAUGAUGAUAAUGAGACACAAACCGAAGAAGCAGAAACUAGCAAUAAAAAAGUACCCGAUGAAGAUACUGUAGCUAAAAAGAAAAGAAAAUUAUCAGAAACCGUUGUUUCCAACGAAGAACCAAACAAGCAAAAGCAGAGUAAUUCCGACCAAUCUACAAAAACCAAAACUACCCCUUCGCAACAAGAAACUCCGAUUGAUAAAGUCGAUCAAACAAAAAUCGCCUCACCUAAUAAUUCAAUACCAACUACUAAUACAGACACUUGUUUCCAAAAGCCUUUAUCGAUUACGAGUAACGCCGUAAUAUCGGACACUGAAUACCCUUUGCCGCCUCCCAGCCCCAAUAAAGCGAAUAGAACUCGAAUAAAAGCAACCCCGAGAUUAGCACACCGCAAAAUGAGUUUUAGUGCUAGCGAAUCGGAAGAUGAAAGCCGUAAGGUGGCUCGAAUACGAACUGAAUCCGUGUCUUCGAACAUCGUGGCAAACGAUUUUAUACUACCCGAUUAUAUUUCCUCUCAACGAAGGAAAGAGGCCCUAAUAACACCGAAGAAAACCAGUCGAUCGGAACAAACCAGAAAGCUAGCCGAAGCCAGAAGGGAGUUCGUUAGACGAUUCGGAGAGAAGAAACCUGAAAGGAAUAAGCUCACUAUGAUGGAUCUCAUUUUUUACAAUCCUAAUUCGAAUCCUAUGGACGUUGCCGAAAAGAAUUCUGUAGAUGAUCCGGAAGUAGAAAAUCCAAUUGAAACUCACCCGGACGACCCUUCUCCUAACGAAGAAGACAACGGAAAGAGCGACGAGGAAAACUCCAUGCCGGUGCCUCAAAUCAAAAUAGGCCCUUCUGGUGAGAUCAUUCUCGACGAACAGAGCGUGUUGAUAGAAACGAAAGACGUGCAGAAAAAGCGCGAGGAAAUGAACAAAACCAAAAUAGUCGACGCGGACGCCAUGAAAACCGGUUACGGCAUCUACAAGAAACAGAAUCGAUCGAAAUGCUGGUCGGAAUCCGAAACCAUUCGCUUCUACAAAGCCCUGAACUCCAUCGGCACGGAUUUCACGCUGAUGUCCGAGCUGUUUCCCAACAGGACGAGAAGAGAACUAAAAAUGAAGUUCAAGAAGGAAGAGAAAACUAACAGGCAGCUCAUCGACAAGGCCAUGAUGCAACCGUGUAGGUUCGAUUUCGAGGAUUUGAAAUGCGAACUGGAAAUGGAAGAAAGGGAAAUGAACGCGUUGAGGAUACAAAACGAGAAGCAGAAAAAAGAGAAAGAGGAAAACGUGAAAAAACAGCAACACAAGAUGUUAGAGAAAGCCAAGAAAAGAAAGCUGGUAGAAACCGCCGAAACGUCAACUGAAGCACAGACAGAGAACAGCGAAAAGAAUGAAGCAAAGCAAGCAACAAGAGGAAGGGGACGUCCAAAGAAAACCAAUAAAAUCUCGAUCAAAAACUUCAUGUCCGACAGCGAUGCCGAUGAAUCGGAUUUAGGAACUCAAAGCGAAUCUGAUGAAGAAAUAUUGCUGUCCAGAAAACCCACACGAUCCGGACGAUUGCCCAAAAUUGUCCAGAGAUACGAAAACGAGCCCGCCAGUCUCAAGUCCAUUAUAAGCGGUUCUAAAGUGACUAAUCCAGAAGAGAUGUCCAACAUUGCUCCGGGUUCUAUUAUGGUUGUGAACGAAACAGGACCCGCCGGAGAGCCCGUGUAUAAAAUAUACAUGGUCACGCCGGAACAGAACGCCAAAGAACUCGACUUGUCCUCCGACAUGGUGACCAAAGUGCUUCAGAUGAAAGAAGGAAUCACGGCGGAAAGCAUAAUGACAAUAUCGGCUAAUGUCACUGACGAAGAGGACGAGUUUGAAGAAAAUAACGUGACUAUUCCCGCGGAAGAAAACGUGACUACACUUAAAACGGAUAGCAAUAAAAAGGAUAGUAAUCAAACGAAUGAAAUUAGCAAGUGUAUACAAGAAACAGAUACUGUGGUGGAGACUGAGAGUGGUAAAAAAAAUUAUCCUGUUUUAUCUGAAGAUGAUAUUGUUUAUAAUGUGGAAGUGUAAAUGACCCUUGCUCAAAUGUUCACCAAAAGAAAUUAAUUGUUAAUUAUCAUUCAUCACUAAUAUCCCUGUGUAAACUUAUCAUCACUUGGUUCUACAUUAAGAAUGAUAUAUCAUCAUCAUCCUAUCGUAUUCUAAGAUGACAUACAGGGUGGCUCAUUAGUAUGGAAAAGCUCAAUA